AUGUACAAGCACCACAAUGCACCGGGCACCGGCGGCGGAAGCAGAGGUGGUGCUGCUGGUCGCCAGAACCUCAGGGUGGAGUACCGACAAACGAGAAGUGUUGUCGAACAGUCGGAUGGUCCUGAACCGGGCCCGGCAGAAGUGGUCGUGUAUGGGUCACGACGGUCAACCGGCGGCAACAGCGGUGGUGGCGGCGGGUUGGUGUACGGACGGAAGGCUUCCGUUGUCAGCAAUGGAAGUGAUCUGUCGAACGAAGACUACGAAGAGGUGAAACCUGACAUGAAGGUGGGUUCACACCUACUGGAUCAUGGGUACGGUUGUGGGGUGUCAUUUGUGGCUCCACAGCAACAGUACCCUCAACAACAACAACAACAACAACAGCAACAGCCUCAGCCUCAGGUCCGUGAAUCGCAGCAUCAGCAGCAUCAUCCGCCACACCACGGUAGCAGUAACAGCGGCGGUAGAAGUAGAAGUAGUAACAACAGCAGCAACAACCCUGCUUCGACCAUGUCAUCGUCGUCCUCGUCGACACCGGCGCGUAGUAGCGGAAAGCACCAGCAGCAACAGCAGCAACAGCAGCACAAUCGACAGCCUGCGAACGAUCUGACGAUCACUAGCUACUUCCGGGCCAUCAAGCGAUCGUCACAAACAUCGAGCAUAUCUCCUACGCCGGCCAAAGUAGCUAAGAACAGUACCAAUGGUAGUUUGAAAACUCCCAACUCGACUUGCUCUACACCAACCUCGUCGAUAUCGUCGUCCUCCUCCUCGAAGAAGCGCUACGCAGAACGCACCAGGUAUGACACGUCGCUCGGUUUGCUAACGAAGAAGUUUAUCGAUCUGCUGAACGAGUCUCCGGACGGCGUGGUAGACCUGAACAUUGCCUCGACGAAGCUGAAGGUGCAGAAGCGGCGCAUCUACGACAUCACCAACGUGCUCGAGGGGAUCGGUAUGCUGGAGAAGAAGUCGAAAAACAACAUCCAGUGGAAGUGCGGCAAUUCGUUGUGCAAUAUCGAUCGGAACGCACGGAUACAGCGCGAACAGGUCCGAUUGCAGCAGAAGGAGAACAUGCUCGACGAGAUGAUUGUCGAGCUGCGUACGGCGACGAACGACGACAUGACGCGCACGAAGCACGGUUACUUCACAUGCCAAGAUCUGAACUCGAUGGAAAUGUUCUUCGAGCAGACGAUUGUCGUUAUCAAGGCCCCGCCCGAGGCUAAGCUGGAGCUGCCGGAUGUGCAGCCCCCACGGGAGAUUGUCCUUAAAUCGGAAAAGGGCGAAAUCGAUGUGUUUAUCUGUCCGAAGGACAUGACCGGGUGCAUCGACAGUCCGGCACUGCUGGCCGGCGAUCCGUUGCUGGAAAACUUUGACCCAAUCAUGUCACCGUUUCCGCGCGUAGUGAAAACUCCCAGCCCACGAAGAGGUGUGAAGAGAUCGUCUCCGUACGCGGCCCAGCGUAAUCUUACUCGUGCCCUGGUCGACGAAGGUUACGUGACGUCGGAUCGUGAUGAAACGCACCCGGCAGCAGGCGGCGCUGGGUCAGCCCAGUUCAGUUCGUUCCCGGUGAAUCCUUCGUCUGCGCAGAAGGUGAUCGUGAAGGCCGAGCUGCGGUACGACAGUAUGUUCGACAUCGGUGGUGUUGUGGGUCGUAGUGGUUGCGCUGACGCUGAAGCGAACGCGAUGCAUUUCGACGCUAGUCAAACAACGAUGGCCGACGACGGUGGUGACGGUACGGUGACGUCGACUGGCAUUAUGAUGAUGAGAGUUAAGUCCGAGAAUGUGCCUGAUAGUACUAGUAAUUGUAUCGGUGCGGUGUCUGCUGCUAACUCAUACGACACGCCGGCAACAAUGUUUGCGGCAGCCAGCAGCAGCAGUAACAGCAACACAACCGCCGUAUCGUCGUCGUGUGCCCCGUUGGUGGUAAAAAGCGAUACCGAUGAUCAGAAACCGUCUUCGUCGUCCCUCAACGACAGCAACACGAUUGCCUGUGCGGCCGGCAUCAUCAUGGACAUGUGUCACGCCGCCUCCGGUGGUAAGAUGAUGUCUGAGUCAGUCAGCAACGAUAAUGCGUCGCUCUCAGACACCAAGUUGAGCCCGAACAUGUUCCCGUACGAGUUUGCCAUGAACGGCUUGGCGGCACUCAGGUCGCCGAGCUCCAAAUCACCCGAAAACCAGCGCUAUGGAUUGAGCGAGUUCGAUGAUUUGGACAUGUUUUUGCAAUUGGAACCGACGGCCGACUACAAUCUUUCCCUGGACGAAUCGGAAGGUGUGUUCGAUAUGUUCGAUUUCAACUGAGAUCUGCCGUCGUAGCUGCGAUCUGCCUACAAAGCGCGUAAGAGAAGCCAUGUGUCGUCGACAACUGAAAUCUGCCAUACUUGCGACGAAUAUUAUAAUCAACCCCGAGGGACGCUCGCGCGAAAAUGCACAAGGUACAGUUUCGAUAAGGUUGGUCGAUAAGCAUCGUGAGACAUGGUGUGCGCGGACACAGUGAGAUGCUGGGAGUCUUUCCAUUUUACGCCAUUAUCCUAUGAUGCACAGUUGCGCCAUAUCUGAGACCUUUUGGUACGCAACGCACACGGCAGCCACACUAGCAUCCGAGUGUGGUCUUCUUGCUUCUAAUCGGUUGCUGCUUCCCUCGUGCAGCCGUCGUUACAGCACAUACUUAGCGUGUCAUGAGUGAUACCCUUUUUUAAGUUCUUUUUUGCAAUCGGUCUGGUUUGUCGAUCAGAUUGUGGCUCUCGCUCCGUUCUCAGCCAUCGGCUCGGGUCGCCAUAGUAGACGCGUCCUUGUGCUGCUUCUUCGCUGUUAAUUCCACAUUGUUAAAGAAUUUGUUUUCUGUUUAGCAGUCUAUUUAGAGGCGCGGUUAUUUCAUUUGAUAAGUAUUUUUUUUGUUGAAUUAUUUUAUUUCCUAUUCUUUUUAUUUCGCUACGUCCCACUUUGAUUGUUUUAUUUUAAAUUUUCCCCAUCCGUCGCCGAACUGAAAGUUGUGUAAUAUUAGUUGUUUAAGGGAAGGGCUCCGAGCACACCACGGGAAGGAUGCGUGCCCGAGAAUGGCCACAAAAUCGUUGCGCCCCAUCGGUGACGUAGAACACUUGUGCGGCGACUUGUGGCACGCAAUUCGUAGGCGGCCAACCAAUGCGACGAAACAGUAGGGACGGCCCUAGAAGAUCGCAUCCGUUUGAUUACGGAUUGCAUCCCGAUUGAGUUAGGAAUGAGAAAAAUGGCAGAAACAAAAACAAAACUAUACAAAUCUGUUUUUGUUGGAAAAGACUUAUAUUUUUCAUUUACAACACAAGAAAAUUAGUUUUAUACAAUGCGAAUGUAAAUAUAGUUAAGUAUAAUGUAAAUUAUUUCAAAUAAACUGUUCCCCGAACCGCGCUCUGGACGCGGUGGGAACAUAUCCGGAGAGCACGUGCGCGCAAGAAAGAUCACAGCCGAUGAGCUAAACGUUUUCUGGUUUGGCAGAAACAUGGGUAGAGUGACCAGUCCAGGUCUAGGAA